AACGCGGCUCCUGCUACUGCACGACCAGCCGCGUUUAAAGGCAACGCGGGGACAACUGUUACUAUUAGCGGGCAUUUGUUUGGUUGGAACAAUCGAAGUGGAAUAAGCCAAUUGACUCAUUUUGGUGAGGGUUGAAAAGAAUCUUCUCUCAGGUUUCGCUCUUGUGCGUCUCAGGCGUGAUGCGAGCUACUCUGCGCUGGGUGUUCUGGGAUGUGAAGGACACGCUGCUGAGGGUGCGUGCGUCUGUGGGCGAGCAGUAUUGCAAGGAGGCUGAACGAGUCGGCCUGGACAUCAGUCCUGUGGAGGUUGAAGCUGCUUUCCGCCUGGCAUACCGACACUAUUCCAGCAGAUACCCAAACUACGGCCUCUCUCAGGGCCUGGAUGGACGGUCUUGGUGGAUGAGCGUGGUGCGGGACACUUUCUCCCGGUGCAGGGUACGGGACCCGGCCCUGCUAGACACCAUGGCGCACAACCUUUAUCACAACUUCUGCAAGGCAGAGAACUGGGAGGUAUUUCCAGACUCCAAGGCGACCCUGGAGAGAUGUUCUUCUCUGGGACUGGAGAUGGGCGUGGUAUCAAACUUUGACAGGCGUCUUGAAGAGAUACUACACGUCUGCGGCCUGCGUUCUCACUUCCGGUUUUUGAUCACUUCAGAGGAAGCAGGUACAGCGAAGCCCGAUCCAGCCAUCUUCAAACAGGCACUGCAGAGAUGUGGAGUACUAGCUGCUAACGUGGCUCAUGUCGGGGACCACUAUGUGAAUGAUUACCUCGCCUCCAAGUCUGUGGGCAUUCACGGACUCCUUUUAGACCGAAGCAACCAGCGUAACGCACGGGAUGUUCCUGCAGAGCAUCGGCUCCGCUCCCUGGAGGAGCUGCCAUCGCUGCUUCAGCAGCACAAGCUGUAACGCCCAAACGUCAUGGACCCUAAAGCCACCCGAGAGGGCCGUGAACCACUUUGGGUCCCUGCUUAAAUACUCCUGGCUAUUUUGGUCAAGAAUAUUGAUUUAUCACUGUAUAUUAAAUUCUACUAUUUAAAAUGGAUUCUAGUUAUUUUUGAUUCACUGGGACCAGUUGCAAUUUGUCUCCAACAGUGAGUUGACUCGUACGCUGCUGCUGCAUUUACUCUACUGUCCUCUGCUGCUCAUCAAUAAAAAGUCUCAAUUGUCUCAUGAUGACCUUGUUAUAUUUAUCUAAAACGUUCCCUCCCAGGAUAAGCUAUAUAAAUAUAUUGAUAUUUUCUACCAGGUAGGGUAUUGAAUCAAAAUUUGGAAUUUUAGUAUUUUGGGGUCUGUUGGUUAGAAAGUCCAGUAUCCAGUUACUGAGGGAGGUGUUGAUGUUUGAGUGAUCAGUUUGGAGGGGAUGAUGGUUUUUGACGUACGAACCACAAAUAAUUUGUUUGGCCUCAGUCAUUAGUGACAUCAAAUAUAUUUAUAAUCCCAAGACAAAGGAAAGGUAAGGUCAUGAUUGGAGGCUUAUUAUGUCCUCAUUAUUGUACUGUCUUCUGUCAUGCACCUUCCGCCAAGACAAUUUCCAUGUAUGUACAACAUAUUAUGGCAAUAAACGUUUCCUGAUU